CAGCUCUAUCUAAAAUGUCAUUUGUCAUUUAACCGCAUUCAUCAGUCACUUUUUUUCAUGGUAUUUUUACGUUUUUUCCAACGGAUUUUGAUGAAAGCGUGAUAUAUUCUUAUAUAACUAAUCUCAUUAAUCAGCUUAUAAGAAUACUUUACAAAUAUAUCAGCUACAGGUAAAUAAAUGUCUGCUAGAUAAGUUUUUAAUGCGUGUGCCAAUACCUAACCAUCAAAUGUCAUAUGGACAUCAAGAGCAGUUAAAGAGAUUCGUAUUUUCUUCGAAAUACAACAAUAGAGGAGAUUCUCAGGAGGAAAAGUUGGAAAUCGUUAUUCCUGAGGUAUCCUAGCAGCAAAGUGUAACGCAAGUGUCACCCUAAGCGACUCGGCCACCCUUCCUAAAUCUCUCGCCCAUAUCAAACGCAGCUGUCAACUGAACAACCUAGUUGUAGGCAGAGACAUUAAAGUAGUAGGUCUAACCUGGGGGCUCUUUCUCAGUGAUCUAGACUCUCUCUGUCCACUGGACCUUGUUCUGGGGUCAGAUUGUUUCUUUGAACCUGCCACAUUUGAGGAUAUACUGGUGACUGUCUCAUAUCUGCUGGAGAAGAAUCCUGCAGCAAAGUUUGUCUGUACUUACCAGGAGAGAAGUUCAGACUGGUCUAUUGAGCAUUUGUUGGCCAAGUGGGAUUUGGUGUGUCAGGUGCAUAACGUGAAUAACCUAGGUUCUUCAGCCGGUCUGGAUAUCCACGAUCUCGUGGGCAAUCACAGCAUCCAUCUUUUGGAAAUAACCAAAAAAUCUUAAAUGGCAUCAAAUGCAGCUCGCAACCUGUACAAAUUGUAUGUGGGAAACGUCCCGUGGACAGUAGGCAACAAAGAGCUGAAACAGUACUUCAGCAAGUUUGGACACGUCCAUUUGGCCAAUGUGAUAUUUGAUAAGAAGACAGGACUUAGCAAAAACUACGGUUUUGUGUCGUUCAGUAGCCGUGAAGCAUUUGAGAACGCUACAAAUACGACACAUAAACUAGAAGGUAAUAAUAUACGUGUUCAACCAAGUAGUAACACAAAUUAAGCUGUAAGAAUGGCCGAGUUCGUAGACGAUUUUAGUGAUUUACAGGAAUUAGGUAUAGAUAUCCAUGAAAAACAAGAUCCCCUAACAGUAGCUUUCAGUAAAGCAGCAGACCAUAUGCAAAAAUUGGUGUCUAAGUUGGACAGUGACACAUUGCUGAGUCAGUAUGCCCUGUAUAAGCAGGCCACCGAAGGGCCCUGUACCAUUCCUCAACCCAGCUGGUUUGACCGAAAAGGUCGCGCAAAAUGGGACGCCUGGCACAAACUUUACCGAAUGCCCAAAAACGAAGCUAAGAAACUGUACAUAGAGGGCAUAAAGAGAGUUGAUCCUCAUUUUUCGCAUGAAGAUAGUGGCGACAAAGGUUGGGUAAAGGUAUCUGCACACGAGCGGCCAAAAACGCCGGAGGUGCAGAAUGCUAUUGAUCAUGUGAAGAGGUGCAAUGUGGAUGCCCUUACUGAACAUCUGGAGAGAAAUCCUCAUGAGGUGCACCAAUUAGACGAAGAAGGCUUAGGGCUAGUCCACUGGGCCGCAGACAGUGGUCACAAACCUGUCCUGGAAAUUCUGGUACGCAAAGGCGUCAACUUAGACCUGAAGGACUGCGACGGUCAAACUGCCCUACAUUACGCUGCUAGUUGCGGUCACAUGGAGUGUGUUCAGUUUCUACUAGAGGCAGGUUCCACGGUAGAUGUGGAAGACAAUGAAGGGAAUCUUCCUAUACAUGUGGCUGAUGAUGCAGUUAGGGGACUUUUGAAGAAAUCUUAGUGUUUUACUAGUUUUUGUACGGUUUAGUUCAAUAAAAAGUUAAUUUUA